AUGUCCUAUUAUGAGAGCAGUUUACCAUUAGCAACUCCUUUAGCAAGCAAAGGCUAUUCUCUUGAGUCUGAUAUGAUUAUGGGCUGGCGACCAAAAUUUUUAAAAGACCCAAUUCCUCUUUACUUUGACUUAGAACUUCCUGUAUGCAAUGAACCAGGCCAAAAACUCCAACAGAUUUAUCAAGGUUGGCAGCCUUCUGAUUCUUUUAAAGUCCAUUCCAAGCUAACUAAUAACUCUACAGACACUUAUCCAUUUGAUUUUUCUGAACCAUCUAUAAGAGCUCACGAAUAUUUAUCUAAACGAAAUAAAUCUGAAACUCCAGUAGAUACUGGGAUGAUUAAAGAUAUCCCUGAAGGUUCAUUGAUUUUUGAUUCAGUUUUUGAAGGGGGGAAUUUAGACCAGGUUUAUAUGGUUAAUGAGAAUGAGUAUGAUUUAUAUAUGAGGCCAGAUACAAAUACUUUGGGGCAUAUGCAUUGGUUUUAUUUUUCUGUUAUGGGGAUUGCAAAGCCAAGGAGGGUUAGAUUCAAUAUAGUGAAUUUCUCAAGAAAUUCACCUUUAUAUCGGCAUGGGCUUAGGCCUCGAGUUUUCAGUAUUGAAAGAGUUCGAAAUAGCAGAAGUAAAGGUUGGGAGUACGGAGGAGAAAACUUGUGCUUUUCAAGUAGUAAAAUUAAUAAAUGCUUUGGAAGCACCCCUAAGAAACCUUACAAUCAACUUACGUUUGACUACGAUUUUGAAUACCCCAACGAUAAAGUUUGGUUCGCAACAACUGUACCAUACACCCUUACAAGGCUAACAAAAUUUCUAAAUACAUUAACAACAGACUCCAAUUCUUAUGAAACUUCUAACAUUUCUCUCUCAGUUUUAUGUAAAAGCUUAAGCCUCAUUGAUAUUCCUAUUCUUACAAUAACAAACCCAAAGGUAGAUGACCAAUUUAAAAAAUUCAUUGUGGUGACUGGUAGAAUCCAUCCAUCUGAGACUGUUGGCUCUUGGACUGUAGAAGGAUUUCUUAGGUUUAUUUGCAGUAAACAUAUAGAGGCUGCUAAGCUACGAAAUCGGUUCAUUUUUAAGGUAAUCCCAAUGACAAAUCCAGACGGAGUUAUCCUUGGUAAUUCCCGUACUGAUUUUAACGGCCAUGAUCAAAAUCGCUGCUUUACAUGUCCAAGCCAAAAGCUGCAUCCUAAUAUAUGUUCUUUAAAAGAAUUAAUAAAAGAGCUUACUAGAGAAUCCCCUAGAAAAGUCUUUAUGUACAUAGAUAUGCAUGGGCAUUUUUGCAGAAAAGGAGCUUUUAUGUAUGGGCCAUAUUAUCCAUUGCACAAUCCUUUAUAUUUAAAAUGUAGGGUUAUCCCUAAGCUGCUGAGCGAAAGAGACUGCAUUUUUAGAUUUCACUCAUCGAGAUUUGUAAAAGAAAAAGCGAAAAAAAGGACAGCAAGAGUUGUGAUUUCUACAGAAUUUAAUGUAAUCAAUUCUUACACAUUAGAAACUUCAUACUUUGGCUAUCUAGACGAGCACAGAGAAACUGUAGCAUUUGAAAUCCAUAACUUGCUAGGAUUAGGAGAAAAUGUUGCAAGAACUAUUUUAGAGUACCAUACUUUGUUGAAAACAGAGCAAAAGCUCAAACUCUACCGUGCUCAGCAUAGGAGGAGUCAAAAAUCAAGACAACUAAGUACCGUUCAAACUGAAGUAAAUGAAAUUACUGCUAUAGAGCUUCACGAUGAAGACAUAGUUCAGCAUAUUCACGAUAAUUCUCCUAUUUCCUAUCCAAAGCAAAUUACCUUAAUUAAUAAUUCAGUACCAAAGGAUUACAUUUUUCCUUUAACUUUCAACAAAGAUCACCAUACAAAACGUAAUUUAGAAGAUAUCAUAAGCGUGAUUAAAAUGGAAUGCAAUGAAGAGGAAGAAGAAAGCGACACCAAUGAAUCAGACAGUGAGGACUCUGAAGACGAAAGAAGUGAAUCUCCUAAUGAGAAAACUAAUAAUUUGCCGUUUAUUGAAACUUUAAGACCAAGGGAAUCUAGUGAAAGUCCUCCAAAGCUCUUUAAGCUUAAUCUAGAAAAAAUGUCAAGGGAAAGAAGUAUUUUUUCAAGAAAUGGUAAGAAAUAAAUAGAAAAUUUUGUACAAAAAUCAAAUAGUGACAGAAAUUCAAAUGGAAACAAAUCCACUGAAAACUUUAAAGACUCUUUUAAUAUACAAGCUGCUCCAAAUUCACCUACAAAAAUUGAUGAAAUAAAUCGAGAAUCUUUUCUGCCCAAAAUUGCGCCCACUUCGCCACUUAAGAGGCAAGAAAAUGCUAAAAAUACAAAUUCUAUAGUAAAAAGAAGAAAAUUUUUAUCGCUCACACCUGCGCUGAGAGAGAAAAUCAUGGUAAUAAAGAGCAGGAUGAAAAAGCGGGGGUUAGUUCCUACUAAAGCAGAGACAACAAUUAUGUAG